AUGGAUACGGAAGGGAGCCAAAGCAGCCUGUCCUCGGUGGACAACUCCCCCCACGACCCUUGCAAAAUGUUCAUCGGGGGUCUCAGUUGGCAGACAACACAAGAGGGUUUGAAUGAAUACUUCUGUAAAUUCGGCGAGGUGAAGGAGUGUAUGGUGAUGCGAGAUCCAGUUACGAAGAGAUCAAGGGGAUUCGGGUUUGUCACAUACAUAGACCAAGCUGGUGUGGAUAAAGUUUUGGCGCAAAACAGACAUGAGCUGGAUUCUAAAACAAUUGAUCCCAAGGUGGCGUUUCCUCGUAGAGCCCAGCCCAAGCUGGUGACCAGGACAAAAAAGAUAUUUGUGGGAGGUCUCUCUGUGAACACAACCAUCGAAGACGUCAAGCAGUACUUUGACCAGUUUGGAAAGGUUGAUGAUGCCAUGCUCAUGUUCGACAAAACCACUAACAGACACAGAGGUUUCGGCUUUGUGACCUUUGAGAAUGAAGACAUGGUGGAAAAAGUGUGUGAGAUCCACUUCCACGAAAUCAACAACAAAAUGGUGGAGUGCAAGAAAGCCCAGCCCAAGGAAGUGAUGUCACCGACGGGUACGGCUCGAGGUCGUGCCAGGAUUAUGCCCUACGGCGUGGACGCUUUCAUGCUGGGGAUCGGCAUGCUGAGCUACCCAGGCUUCCAAGCAGCUACGUACGCUAGCCGCAGCUACCCUGGCAUCGCUCCUGGUUACACCUACCAGUUCCCUGAAUUCCAUUUAGAGAGGACCCCCCUUCUGACAUCACCCCACCCCUCUGAGCUCACAGCCAUUCCACUGUCAGCCUACGGACCAAUGGCAGCGGCAGCAGCAGCUGCUAUGAGAGGUAAAGAUAAUUCUCCUUCAUCAUUCUGUUUGUGUCCAGGUUCCACCCAGUCGCGUAACUCAGGCUACCUGGGCACCAGCAGCCCUGGGCCAAUGGCUGACCUGUAUGCAGCAGCAAGUCAGGACUCAGCAGUCAGCAGCUAUCUCAGCGCAGCCAGUCCUGGCCCCAACUCAGGAUUCGGCCACGGUCUCGGGGGUCCUCUGAUCGCAGCCUUUACCAACGGGUACCACUAA